AUGGUGAUGGAGAAAUCAAAACGAGCGCGCGCGGGCGAUGCGGGCGGGAAAGAGGCGAAGAAGGCUGCGGGGGCGAACGGACAAGCGGCGGCGACAAUGGCGGAUGAGAAACUAGCGGAAUUCGUGGAGAAGAUGCGGAAACUGCACGAGGAGAUCGAGGAGGUGACGGACAAGGCGACCAGGGAGGUGCUGGAGGUGGAGCGCUCGUUUGUGUCACAACGCCGGAGGCCGCUGUACGAUAAGCGCAAGGCCGUGCUCGAUAAGAUCCCGCACUUCUGGCAAAACGUGCUGUGCAACUGCGGUGCCAUACGGCACAGCACGGUGGAGCAGGAUGUGAAGGUGUUGAACCACCUCACGAGUCUAGACGUGGAGGAAUGCAAGGAGGAGGGCGAUAUCGGUUACACCAUCACCAUGACGUUCAGCUCGAAUCCGUUUUUCAGCAACGAGACACUCACACGGGCGCUGAUAAUGCAAGAUGAACUCACUCUGCGCGUCACAGGCACUCGUAUCAACUGGAAGGAGGGGCAGGACUACACAGCAGGCAUCAAGGCAUAUGUGGACGAUGAGGAGGAGGAGGAGGAGGAGGAGGAGGGGGAGGAGGGGGAAGAGGGCAAGGAGCAGCUCGUCAGUUUGUUCAGCUGGAUGGCAUUUGGGGACGAUGACCCCAUCUCUGUCGCGAAUGACGAUAUUGGGAAUGCCAUUCGGGAUGAUAUCUGGCCAAACCCUAUCAAGUACUACCACAAGGAGGGCGUGCGGCCACGAGAGGAGGUGGAGGAGGACGAUGACGAGCCUGAGUUUGGGUUUGAGUACAGUGGGGAUGAGGAGGAGGAGGGGGAGGAGGGAGAGGAAGGAGAGGAGGGCGAUGAUGAUGAGGACAUGUCCCUCGGGGGGACCACAGGCGACAACACGCGCCUGCUUCGGAAGGCUCCAGAAGAGGAGGAGGAGGAGGAGGAGGAGGAGGAGGAGGAGGAGGAGGAGGAGGAGGAGGAGGAGGAGGAGGAGGAGGAGGAGGAGGAGGAGGAGGAGGAGGAGGAGGCGAUGCAGGCGGAGGGCGUGCGGGAGGUGGCUGUGGCAACUGGCCUGGAGGUGCUGUACCAGGAGACCCCCAACUACCGCGGAGCGGCAGCCGAGGCUGACCGCAUGAUCGAGCCAAGGGAGACGGCUAGGCAUGCCUGGCGAGUGCCAGACCUGGGCGUAGAGCCUGUUGCUAGUGCUGCAGAGGAGGCGGUUACUGAGGGGGGUUAG